AUGUCAUCUUCUCUCCUCUCUCCACCCCUCGAGCUCCAAUCACUAACUCCUGAGUUGUCGUCCCAGCUUAAAGAGCGUUAUGACAAGUCUCUUUUCGAGAUCAUCAGCACGAACUGGAAGUGCAAGUUCUGCCAAACCACUGACGAGCUGAGUAGUUUCCGAAACGCUGUCGAAACGCUCGACGAAGAUGAACAGGGUUUUGUGCGGAGCUUUCGAGAGUUGGUCCCACUUACCGUAUACGAUACUUAUCAACCAUUCGUGGCUCGGUUCUUUGAUUCGCCCUGCCAAGAAUCCGAGGUCGUUGACCUCCUCGCACCUGGUCUCCCUGCCUUUAUUGCAGCCUCUAGUGCGACCUCGGGCAAGGCACCCAAGUAUUUCGCGAAGUAUAAAGCACCAAAAUAUGUGCCAUCAACCGCUCAAACUCAGAGUCUAUACACCUAUCACAUAAUGUACAGGGAGGUCUUGAAUGUCUUCCGCGGGGAUCAAGACAUCGUUCGAAAACUUAUCGUCACCACGGCGAGGAGUGGGUUGUUGAGGAUGCAUAUGGGAUGGGAGCCGGAACAAGACGAAGACAGAAUGUCACUUAGGAUCCCAGGGGAAACUGCUCCGCAUGCAUUAAAAUUCGUCUCACAUCAUCCUUCAUUUCUUCUCUUGCACGCGCUUUUCGCGCUGGCCGAUCGUAGUAUGGACACAAUUCGGGUCCUUUUCUGCACAACAUUGCUCGAUCUAUUUAUGUACAUCAACCGUGAUUGGGUCAGCCUUGUGGACGCCAUCGAAAGAGGAACCAUACCUGAACUUGAACAUAUCGAGCACGUCCGGGACCACCUGCAGCGGCACUUGGAUGCGGAUCCUGUCCGCGCCGCCGAGCUUCGUGCCGUCGGACCACCUUCCAAUACCACUGGAUGGGCAAAAUAUGUCUGGCCAAAUCUAAAAGUGGCAUUCAGCAGCGCAAGCGGCCCCUUCUCGAUUGCUGUUCCAAAGGUAAAGGAUAUUCUUGGGCCUGAUGUGGUACUCCACACACCAGCAUUGGGUGGGAGUGAAUGCUUCGCUGGCGCCGCUUAUCAGUUCGGAGACCUCAAUCGAUUCAAAAUGUCGUUGGAUGACGCAUACAUCGAGUACCUGGACGUGGCCUCAGAGGAGGUCUCCAGCAACAUACGCGCGGCGUGGGAGAUUGAACCAGGAAAACACUACGAGCUUGUCCUAACCACUUGCAACGGAUUCUGGCGCUAUCGUCUUGCUGAUGUGAUUGAGUUGCUGGGCUUCGCUCCAGACGAUGGUUCUCCCAUAGUGAAAUUUGUUGAACGGCGGGAUGCUGUGAUAAAAUUCGAUGGUGCAUUUGUAACGGAAGCUCAGCUGCUCCAAUCAGUAUAUUCUGCAACCCAAGACACGAUCGGACAAGUGAUUGAGUUCACUUGCUUCAAAGACGUUCGCAAACUUCCCGUAACCGUCGGAUUCUUUGUGGAACUGGCUCAGGAGCCAGGUCUGCCAGGCACCUCCGAAACCCGCCACCAAGCGAAGCAGCGGCUGCUUGAUGCCCUCUCAAGUGCGAACGAGAAUAUCGGACAGGCCUAUCGUGCCGGGCUGUUCGGUAUGCCCACGAUACGUGUGGUCAAGCCUGGAACAUUCAUGGAAUUUAGGAAACGGAAGGGCGACGCGUCUGCGAUGGGCACGUCUCAAACGAAAGCGCCUCUUGUGAUGACUGAAAUCGCAGCUCAGGAGUGGAUGAUGGAUAGAGUAGAAUUGGAAAUCUAG